AUGGACGGGAGCUCUGCUAUCGCCCUUCUAGUUUCAGCAUGGUCCUGCUCGCUGAUACUGCUGUUCGUCAAGUUCCAACAAAGUGCGGCUAGUCUUCGCCCUGGCCGCCUCCCCCCUGGCCCAACCCCUUUACCUCUGAUUGGGAACCUCUUGGAUAUCCCGAGGGUACGGCCGUGGCUGGGAUUUAAUGACAUGGCCAAGAAAUAUGGAAAUCUUAUGCAUUUCCGCGCACUGGGACGGAGCAUCAUCAUCAUAAACGACCCCGACACUGUAAUGGAUCUCUUCGAGAAGCGAUCAACAGUCUAUCUAUCCCGCCCGCAGACCAUCUUGUCGUCACUGACUGGAUGGGAAUGGAACAUGGCGUUUUUCCCUUACGGGCCCAAGUGGAAGCAUUACCGACGUGCCGUUUGGGCAUACUACCAUCCCGAUGUCAUUGCGAAGUACUAUCCAUGCCAGACUGAGAACGCCCGCCGACUACUCUCGAAACUCUUAUCGGAUGAUACUAGGCUGGUCGAGCACGUCCGCAGUGCCAUCGGUGCAACACUUGUGACGAUAACCUACGGCGUGGACGUCACCAUGGACAGCAGCGACACAUUAUUGUCUACAUUUGAGGAAGGGGUGAAGAGCAUCCAGCUCUUCGUGUCCGGGUCGUCGGUACUAGAAUUCAUCCCCAUACUCUCGCGUCUCCCGACAUGGCUUCCUGGAACCGCCUACCUCCGUGAUCUGGCACGCGCUCGCCAAGCGACAUAUCGCAUGCGGGAUGUACCUUGGAACGCCGCUAAAGAGGCACUGAGUGAAGGACGUGCUUCGGAGAGCAUCGCUAGAUCUAUGGUAGAGCGACUCUCACAUCUGAGUGACGACGUGGACUUGGGGGAGGAGAUGGUGGCGAGGGAUGUGAGUGCAAUCUCAUACGCGGCUGGUAUCGACACGACACACGCAGUCCUCUGCAAUUUCUUCGUGGCCAUGGCGCUCUACCCGGACGUCCAAAAGGCCGCCCAAGCAGAGCUGGACGCCAUCGUUGCUCAAAGUCGACUUCCAGAGUUCGAGGACCGUGACAAUUUGCCGUAUAUCAACGCCAUCAUAAAGGAGACCCUAAGAUGGCACCCCGCUGCACCCUUGGGACUUGCGCACCGCAGUACAGAAGACGACAUUUAUGAAGGUUACUUCAUACCGGAAGGGAGCAUUGUGAUGGUGAACGUAUGGUCUAUUAUGAACGAUCCUGCAGUCUAUCCUGAACCUGAGAAGUUCAUUCCCGAGAGAUUUUUCAAAGAAGGUCGAAUCGACGCCGCCGUCCGAGACCCGUUCGCAUAUCUGUUCGGGUUUGGCCCAAGGAUUUGUCCAGGGCGUCACUACGCCGAUGCAUCCCUCUUUAUUACGAUUGCUUCCGUGCUGCACACCCUUAACAUCCAUCCUCCACGGGAUAGCAACGGACAACCUAUCCAGACAGAGCUACGGACCACCUCCGGCCUCGUAGUACAUAUCGACAAUUAUCGGUGUACAGUAACGCCUCGCUCGGCGACAGAGGAGCUCAUCCG